GUUACCCAUAGAGUUACGGAUUUUUUCUACGCACUUCCAAUUAUAACACCUUUCUUUUCUUUUCCUUCCCUUUCCUUUCCUUUCCUUUCCUUUUCUUUGAUUUAUAAGAUACUUCACAUUAUCUACUUCCAUAUAAUCUACAUACAAUCAUCAUUAUCUAAACCAUGUCGUUAAAGCGUAUUAACAAAGAGUUAGCCGACUUAGGAAGAGAUCCACCAUCUUCAUGUUCCGCUGGUCCAGUUGGUGACGAUUUAUAUCAUUGGCAAGCAUCUAUCAUGGGUCCUCCAGAUUCUCCAUAUGCCGGUGGUGUAUUCUUUUUAUCAAUUCAUUUCCCAACUGACUAUCCAUUUAAACCACCUAAGAUUGCCUUCACCACCAAAAUUUAUCAUCCGAAUAUUAAUGGUAAUGGUAAUAUCUGUUUGGAUAUAUUAAAAGAUCAAUGGUCUCCGGCAUUAACUAUCUCAAAAGUAUUAUUAUCUAUUUGUUCUCUUUUAACAGAUGCUAAUCCUGAUGAUCCGUUGGUACCUGAAAUAGCCCAUAUUUAUAAACAAGAUAGAGCCAAAUAUGAAGCCACUGCUAAAGAAUGGACAAAGAAAUAUGCUGUUUAGACUAUAUUAGACUAAACUAGACUAAUUUUCCUUUUGGUUCAAAUUCUUUACGUAUGAAAUUUUUUAUUGUCCAAUUUUAAUUUUAAUUUUAAUAUAACGAACUAUAGAGUUAUCAAUUUUAGUAACAUUUUUUAAUGAAUAAAUUAAUUAAUCAACCUACUAUUUAACAAAAGAAUUUAUAUAAUAAGAAGACAGGUUUGCAUUAUGUUAUAUCAACUUAAAGUUAUAUUAUGUUAUGUUAAAUUGAACAUCUCUAUGUUUAAUUUUAUCAUUAAAUAUUUUGAAUAAUAGAAACAAUGAAUGGCUAAUGAUAAACCAUAUUUUAUUAUAAUUAUGAUUAUGUUGUAGAACUAAGUAAUUGUAGAUUGUAGAAAAAACAUUUAUUAGCAGUAGUGAAAAAUGCAAAUCGCACCCAAAGC